AACCCCAUCGCUGCCCCCACCAGUCUGACCUAUUUCGCCGAUCUCUUCUCGAGUUCGAAAGCCUUCGGGAUUAUGCUCUGAUCCCACCGCCUGCGCGCUGCUCAUCUUCUCUCUCCCUUCUCGAUCCCGGCGGAGGAGUUGCUGUACCAUGGGCUGCGCAACCUCUUCGGCAAACAAAGGCGAAGAGAAUACUAAAAGACUUCGUAAACCAAAGCCAUGGAAGAACACGCAACCUAUAACCAGGACAGAGCUGAUACGGAUGCGUGAUGAAUUCUGGGACACAGCUCCUCAUUAUGGUGGUCAGAAAGAGAUUUGGGAUGCUCUUCGGGUGGCAGCAGAAAGCGAAUUAAGCCUCGCACAAACAAUAAUUGACAGCGCGGGCAUCAUUGUUACUAGUGCUGAUAUGACUACCUGUUAUGACGAAAGAGGUGCCAAAUAUGAGUUGCCAAAGUAUGUUUUGAGUGAACCAACCAAUUUGAUUCGUGACAAUUGAACUUCAAGCUCAGGCAUGAACAAAAAUAAGUGUAAAUCGUGUACAUUAGUUACCAUCUCUCUCUCUCUCAGUGAUACUGGUUCCAGUUACUCUUCCCUUCAGUGACCUUUAAUUUAAGUCCAUUGACUCUGUAUACAUCUGUUGGAAGUGGCUUAUAGUCACUCAAAAAUCAAGAUAAUGUUACUGGUCUUAUCUUAAUGUUCAAGAUGUUCAAGAUAUGCUUCCCAUUUCA